CAGAGGAGCAUUUCGGUGCCACGGCGAAAUUUUAAUACCGAAAGUGUCUCACGGCCCCUCCGCCGCUGAAAUGGCUGCUGCGGCUUCAGAAGAAACACCCGCGCUGAGUGUCGGGAACGAUGUACCGCCUGUCGAGACAGCGGAGAGCACCGGUGAGGAGAAAGAAAAGGCCCUCGCCGAGCCGGAAACAGAGGAGCCCCGCAGUGGCGUAGAACCGAAAAUGGAAGAGGUGUACGCGGAGGCCGACGAGGAGAAACCCGCUGCAGCGGCAGACAAGGCCGCGAGCGAGGCGGUGACAGACGACAGUACGGUAACUGUGAACCAGGAGGCGGCGGCAGCCACUCCUGAAGAACCGGAGCAAAAGCCGGAGUCCCAGAUAAACCCGGGAGAAGGUAACAAUGAAACUACUAACGAUACCGCGUUAAAAGAAGCCAAGGAGGACCUGGGAGAGGACAGCCGGUGUUCAGUGAUAAACUGCGAGAAGAGUAAAACAGUUUGCGAAGAUGGUGAGAAAGCCGGAGGAGGGGAGCUGGGCGACAAGAGGCGACCGAGUGUCGAGGUAUCAUCCUCGGAUGGUGAACCGCUGAGCCGCAUGGACUCGGAGGACAGUAUCAGCAGCACCCUAAUGGAGAUGGAGAGCAUAGUGUCGAGCGGGCGCUCCACCCCUGCUAUGAUGAUCGGACAGAGCAGUGCCAGCUCCUCUGGGCCUAAGACAGUGGCUUACCCUUGCUGCUGGGACCUCUGUUCACAGUGCUUCAACUCAAGUCCUGAUCUGGCUGAGCAUAUAAGAGGCAUUCAUGUGGAUGGACAGAGGGGAGGGGUGUUUGUGUGUCUGUGGAAGGGCUGUAAGGUAUAUAACACACCAUCCACCAGUCAAAGUUGGCUCCAGAGACACAUGUUGACCCACAGUGGAGACAAGCCCUUCAAGUGUGUAGUUGGUGGCUGCAAUGCCAGCUUUGCUUCCCAAGGCGGGUUAGCUCGCCAUGUCCCCAGCCACUUCAGCCAGCAGAGCUCCUCCAAAGUGUCCAGCCAGACCAAACUGAAGGAGGAGUCCCCCUCCAAGGCUGGACUCAACAAGAGGAAGAAACUCAGGAACAAACGCAGGUGCUCCCUACCGAGGCCCCACGACUUCUUCGAUGCCCAAACCAUGGAUGCUAUUCGCCACAGGGCCAUCUGUCUCAACCUCGCCACCCACAUCGAAAGUGUGGGCAACGGCCACAGUGUGGUCUUUCACAGCACGGUGCUAGCCAGAAGGAAAGAGGGAUCUGGCAAGGUGAAGGUCCUCCUACAUUGGACACCUGAAGACAUACUACCUGACGUGUGGGUGAAUGAAACAGAGCGAUCUCAGCUGAAGACGAAAGUGGUGCACUUAUCCCAAUUACCGCAGGACACUGCCAUGCUGCUAGACCCAAACAUCUAUCGAGCACUUCCUCAAAAGCGGCUGAAGCGCAGCCUGUAAGGAGUCAUCUGUGGACUUGAUACUUAAGGGGAAAUGCUUGUUCAUGGGAGGUUUAUCUAUAUGGGAUGGGACGCUCUUCAUCUGUCUCUGCCGAACGGGGGGAGUGAAGUGGCGAUAAAGGGAAGUGAAACUUGGCUAUGCUGCAGUUUUUUUUCCUCUUCAGUUUUGUAUAUCUGAACAACUGUUGUAGCCAACUGUGGUGGAGAAUGGGACUAACAUUUUUUUAAAAAGUUUAUGUUCAUCAAAAACUUCAAUGAAUGUUUUUCUAACAAGCACCAAACUGAAAAUAUUAAUACCCAAUGGUGUAAAAAAAAAAUGAUUUGUGUAACCUUGUCAGAAAAUACAGCAUAUUUUAUAACUGUUUUUUUUGUGUAAAAUAUUUAUGCAGAUUUGUAACUUAUUUUUAUACCAUGAAAAUGCUGUUGUGACUUUUGUGAAGGUUUUAAAUCAAACCGUAUUUACUGUGAUAAUCUAUGUUAACUGUCACUUGUAGGAGAAAUUUCUAGUUGUUAUUGCAUUGUACAUGACAAAAGUCUUAACAGAUUAUCCUAUUUAUACUUACUGAUUGCAGUACUUUUAAUUGUGUGUAUGACAAUGAAGUGUGAGGUUGUACCAGUCACGACUUUAAAUAUUUACCAAGUUUGUAGGUAAUACAGUUCAGAAAUAACGUUUCAUCAAACCCUCAAAGUGCAAAGGCCCAGAGACACCAAAACAAUAUAAAAAAAAUGGCAGCGAAGGCUGACUGUUGUGUUGCCUUGUGUCACCAAUGUCUCGUCCAAAAAGUUGCACUUGACCAAACGGCAAAGACUGCCUGCAUGAGAGGAAAUAACUCUCCAUAGCAGCAGGUGGUGGUAAUCUGUAUUAUUCAGAGGGAAACCGGAAAACCAAUGGGACAGAUUUAAGAUGCCAGUUAACCUUUAAGCACAUUCACAACGCAACCUGAUGUUGAAAGAACAACAAUUGAUGUUAAAUGUGCGCUAGCGCUCAGUAAGACAAACAAUUGCAAAUCGUCUGCUAAAGCACUCACUCGUUAAAAAAAAAUAAGUUUGUUUCAGUCUCAUGCCCUCUUGACUUUAGUUGUUUGUUUACUUUCUUCAUUUGCAUUUCUCUUCUUGUGCACUGAGCUGAACAGUGCUAUUUCUGUCAUUGAGUACUACGCUGGCUUCGCCAGCAGGUCACCAUGCUGUAAUGGCUAAAAAACAGGCCAUGACGACCAUGGUUAUAUUAUGAGACCUGGAUACAGCAUUGGAGGUGGGGCCCCGUUCAUUCUCACGAAAGGCACUACUUCCACAUCAUUGGGCCCAUGGAGCAAGCGCAUUAGAAACUGGCUAGUUUGGGUUUAGCGCGCCACUAACUGACUGGGGAAAAAAUUAUUUAAUCUUGCAGCUCUUCCAGACUUUCCAAAUGUUAUUAGACUGAAUGGAUUAAAUCCUGGUAGUGAAAUGAGUCACUUUGCGGGGUGUGAUGCUCAAAACAUGUAUCCACUGAUUUACAGACAUCUCUUUUGCCAUGUAAGUCGUUUAGAAAAGUCUUUUUGGGCCUAUUGGCAUGAUGUGACAGACUCGGGAAUUGUAAUUCCACUGUUUGGCCUCUACAAAAAUUAGCCUCAAAGCUAGGUGCACUAACUUGGGGCCUGUGCCGGAUCUGCGGCAAAAACUAUGGCAACAGAUGCUCACUUAUGACCCAGACAUUGACCUUCGGCUUGAUGUGUCAGGUCCCCAAAUCAAAAUGUACCCCCACCAUCUCUUCCUCAAAUAUCGUGAACUGUGUGUAUCAUCAUGAUAAAUUUACAUUACAUUUAAGCACUUAAAAGUUAUUGUUUAAAAAGGUGUUUUCUACUGUAUGUUAUCCCUGUUGGAAAUGGAAUACUCUGUAAUAAAAUGGGGGGAAACGACA